AUAGAAAACCCCGUUAUACUUCACAAAAUAUUGCCGUUUGCCCGUCAACUUGGCCAGCACCUGACCCUACUAAAGACCCUGCCCGGAAGAACCGGAGUUAAGGGUGGAACACCGCAGGUGACCGAUCUUCAACAACACAUCAAACACUGAACAAUUCGAUGCGAUGACGAGGGAGGGAUCGAUCCUCUCGAACUGUCAAUCAGAUGGGGACUAUAACGCUGGUGCUCAAUGACGGGGUUAUUGUUCGUUCGUUCAUUUGUCGGUUGACCGGGCGAUCGGAUUUAAAGGCUUUGUGGCAAGGCACGCAUUGGCCGCGAAAAGUUUUCGGGUUCGGGUGCCGCUAGUGCCAAAGCAGCGGCCGGCCAUCCCUUUCAAAUCCUCUUCCUUCCGGGUCUCCAUUUUCUUCCCUCUCUUUCCCAAACUCUGCAAAGCUUCAAUUGCUUCGCUCUCCUCUCCCUCUUCCCUCUCUUCUCCACACUCCUCUCUUCCCUUUUUUUCCCUGUUCUUCUUUUCAUAUACCCCCAUACACAAAAUGUCCGCCAGCGCUAAGGUGGAGGCGCCUGCCGCCGCCCCUGCUCCCCAGCUCUCCGGCCUCCAGCUGUACUCCAGAUUCGCCUUCGCUGGUGCUGUCUGCUGCUCCGUCACCCACGGUGCUCUCACUCCUGUCGAUGUCGUCAAGACCAGAAUCCAGCUUGACCCCGUCACCUACAACCGUGGUAUGAUCGGCGGUUUCCGUCAGGUCAUUGCCAACGAGGGUGCUGGCGCUCUCCUCACUGGUCUCGGUCCUACCGCCGCCGGUUACUUCCUCCAGGGUGCUUUCAAGUUCGGUGGUUACGAGUUCUUCAAGCAGCAGUGGAUCAACCAGCUCGGUCUCGAGACUGCCUCCAACAACCGCACCGCUGUCUACCUUGCUUCCUCCGCUGCCGCUGAGUUCUUCGCUGACAUCGCUCUCUGCCCUCUUGAGGCCACCCGUAUCCGUCUCGUCUCCCAGCCCACUUUCGCUACCGGUCUCGUGAGCGGUUUCGGUAAGAUCCUCAAGAACGAGGGUGUCGGUGCUUUCUACUCUGGUUUCGGUCCUAUCCUCUUCAAGCAGGUUCCCUACACCAUGGCCAAGUUCGUCGUUUUCGAGAAGGCUGCUGAGGCUAUCUACGGUAUGGUCGACAAGAACACCGCCAGCGAUGGUACCAAGACUGCUAUCAACCUUGGCUCCGGUCUCAUUGCUGGUUUCGCUGCUGCCCUUGUCUCCCAGCCCGCCGACACCAUGCUCUCCAAGAUCAACAAGACCCCUGGUGAGCCCGGUGAGGGUACCGUCUCCCGUCUGAUCAAGAUCGGUAAGGAGCUCGGCUUCCGUGGCUCCUACGCCGGUAUCGGUGCUCGUCUGUUCAUGGUUGGUACCUUGACUGCUGGUCAGUUCGCCAUCUACGGUGACAUCAAGCGUGUCCUCGGUGCCACCGGCGGUGUUGAGAUCUCCAAAUAGAUGAGGAUGUGAUAGAGGAUUUUUUUGGUGUAUUAUAAUGCUCACUAGACCUGCGUUGCGUAAACUGUUUUCAAUAGAUUUUUCUGGUAAAAAGAGAAGUCUGGAGAUCGCAAAUGGAAUAGAGCAACAUCUGAUAUCUGUCUGUAUCUGUACAUUAAAAGUCAAUUAGUAACAUCCAACCAUCAUCAACGAAGUUUUCUCAGUUUAUGCUUCAGUCUCCCUGUAGUUCUUGGAUACAGUGUCUAUUUAGACAUGGCGCAUGCCAUACAAGGAUAUGGCUACCAAACACAAUCCAUUCCCCCCAUACGGCACACCAUCCGUACCCCAUAGUCAAUACACAUUAUCUUCAUAUAAUUACUACUUAUCACUCAGUAGACCACCUCAAACACCACCGACAACUCGACCAACCCAUCCCAUCCUCCCCCCCCGGAUCUCCAUUUCAAAGCAAGUCACAGAUUC